GUGCGCGAGAUGGAUGUGAGCACCGACGAGGCGGAGGUGAGCACGCAUUCGGCGGAGAUGGGCACGCACGAGAUGGAGGUGGGCACCUACGGGGCAGACGCGGGCACGCACGAGGUGGAGGAGAGCAGGCACGAGGCGGAGGUGAGCUCCUACGAAGCGGAAGUGAACACGCACCUGGCGGAGGCGAGCACGUGCAGGGCGCAGGUGGGCACUUGCGAGGCGGAGGUGAGCGCGUGCUCGGCGGAAGUGAGCGCGUGCGAGACGAAGAUGGGCCCCAGCGAGGCGGAGGUGAGCACGCGCGAAGCGGAGGUCAGCGCGUGCGAGAUGGAUGUGAGCACCUACGAGGCGGAG